CAAAGAGCAGUAGACGGAAUUGCAGUUAAAUCUCAAAAAGGGUUCAUGUUUUAGCCGUUAAGGUCGGCAGCUUCGGUUUUCCUUUCUGUUGUUGCACUUCGAAUUUCUUCGAAUUUUUCUGUUGGGAGUUCAGAAUUUAAGAUUGAUUGGUAGAUAGAUAGAUUUCUAUGAAAAGAUUCCACCUUCAUAGUUAUCUAUACACAGAAUUAGGGACUUGAAGAUUAGGUUUAGGUUAGAGUAAGCGUUUCAAAUUCUUGCACUAACCUCCAUAUUAUUAUUUUUCUUCGACUUCUUCAACUCUGAUCGUGACAGUUUUGGAUGUGAAGAGCAUGAAAGAUUCCAAAGCAGAUCUAUUCGAUCAUCGAACCAUCAUGGAUUCUGAUUUUCCUCCUGGCUUUCAUGCCAUCACCGAGGGCGAUUUCGGUUUUGCAUUUAAUGAUAGCAAUUUUUCUGACCGAAUUCUUCGGAUUGAGAUCAUGUCAGGACUUCCGGAGAGUAAAUCUGAUGGAGAGGGUUGCAACUCCAUCGGUGAUUGGGCUAGGAAUCGGAAGCGAAGAAGGGAGGAGAUCAAGAAGGAAACUGCUACGGAAUUUUUUGUGUAUCCUGCGGAGGAGCAGAUUUUGAACAUUGGCCAGCCUGAUACAGAGGAUGGUGUGACCUAUGAAAAUCAAGACGAGGAAGCCAUGGCCAUGAUUGAAGAAUCACCUUCAGGUCAUGGGGCUGCACACAGCAAUGAUUCAUCCUGGAGCAUGGAUUGUACAACAGUUCUGAGAGCCAGGACCAUACACAUCAGUUCUCCCAUUUUAGCAGCAAAAAGUCCUUUUUUCUAUAAGCUAUUCUCAAAUGGGAUGAGAGAAUCAGAACAAAGACAUGUAACUUUGCGGAUCAAUGCCUCUGAGGAAGCUGCUCUCAUGGAGCUCCUUAAAUUUAUGUACAGCAAUACCCUAUCAACAACGACAGCACCUGCUUUGCUGGAUAUUCUGAUGGCUGCUGACAAAUUCGAGGUGGCUUCAUGCAUGAGGUACUGCAGCCGUCUACUAAGGACCCUCCCCAUGACACCUGAGUCAGCAUUACUCUAUCUGGAGCUCCCUUCCAGUGUUUUAAUGGCUGAAGCAGUUCAACCUUUGACUGAUACAGCAAAGCAAUACCUUGCUGCACGUUACAAGGACAUAACCAAGUUUCAAGAAGAAGUGUUGAGCUUGCCGCUAGCAGGAAUUGAGGCAGUUCUGUCGAGUGAUGAUUUACAGGUGGCAUCAGAGGAUGCAGUCUAUGACUUUGUGCUGAAAUGGGCCCGAGCCCACUACCCCAAGCUGGAGGAGCGACGAGAGGUCUUGGGCUCACGUCUGGGCCGCCUCAUCCGCUUCCCUUGCAUGAGUUGCAGGAAGCUGAAGAAGGCCCUCACCUGCAAUGACUUUGAUCAUGACAUGGCAUCGAAAGUUGUUCUUGAAGCCCUCUUUUUCAAGGCUGAGGCCCCUCACCGCCAGCAUUUAUUGGCCACCGACGAGUCUGCUGCCACCAACCGUCGUUUUGUGGAGAGGGCAUACAAGUACCGUCCAGUUAAGGUGGUGGAAUUUGAGCUGCCAAGGCAGCAGUGUGUGGUGUACUUGGACCUGAAGAGGGAGGAGUGUGCAAACCUGUUCCCAUCAGGCAGAGUCUAUUCACAGGCAUUUCACCUUGGUGGGCAAGGUUUCUUCUUAUCAGCUCACUGUAAUAUGGAUCAGCAGAGCUCGUUCCACUGCUUUGGGCUAUUUUUGGGGAUGCAGGAGAAGGGCUCUGUGAGCUUUGCAGUGGACUAUGAGUUUGCGGCAAGGUCAAUGCCCAAGGAGGAGUAUGUGAGCAAAUACAAAGGCAACUACACUUUCACAGGGGGGAAGGCAGUUGGAUACAGAAACUUGUUUGGCUUAGCAUGGACAUCCUUCAUGGCUGAAGACAGCCUUUACUUCAUCAAUGGCAUUCUCCACCUCAGAGCGGAGCUCACCAUUAAGCACUAAUUUAGAUUGGCAGCAUACUACAUCCUUCAUAGCUGCAGCCUUGCCAGGUGAUGUUUAGGUCAAUGGGUGGGGUGGAUCCAGUGGAUGCAAUUCUUUGACCCGGUCAAGUUUGUGUUGGGAAAUUAUUUGUUUUGGUGGAAGAAGGGUUGCAAAGCUUGGGGUCAGGCCGUCAGGGUUGGUGCCAGUUAUUCCCUUUGUUCCGAAUGUAAUUAAAGGAAGAAAAUUGAGAUUUGUAAGUAGUAAGUUAUUUAAUGUGUAAUCAAAAGCCCUUGAUGCUCAUGUUCUGAAAUGGAGACCCGCGACUGAUCGCGGUAGACAGGUCUUGAUGUUUCAUGUAAAGUUGUUGUAGGCUUCCAUUUUUCAUCUGGAAAUCGAGUAACCAACGAAACCCGUGAAGGUGAGUCUCUCUGCCUUUUGAUUUCUCUCAAUGGUGAUGUUUUUUAGGCUAAAUGAAAGGAGGUUGAUUCAGGCUGUGUUUUGAAUA